GAGUCGAGGGCCGGAGGCAACGAUUGUCCGUACAUCAGUGGUAGGUGGCCUCGUAAAUUUAAAGGAGGGCCGGAGGCAACGAAUACCCGUACAUCAGUGGUAGGUGGCCUCGCGCCGCCUACCAUAUAUCUAUAGGAACUUAGAAAGCGAACGACAUAGAAACAUUGAAACAGCUGAAAUAAGAGAGGCGUCUGCUUCAGUUUUUUGCAAUCUUUCUUUUAUUCUCUUCAAUCUGAGUGAUUCAUUUUUCUGUGAAAUCGAGUUGUUUGAGGAUUUAGGAGUUGUAAAAGAAGAAUGGAGGCCAAAAUUGCGCUAAAGAUGCAAUUUUCUGCAUGUAUUGACACGGAUAAAUUCGCGAGGAGACCGAGUGUUUCUUUGCCGUUCUCUCAGAAAUUAAGAGAGCAGCACGGGCAUCCUAUUUCUUGUCAUUUUCAACCUAGAAGAACUUCGAAUUGGCAAAAACAUGUUGCGUUGGAGGCUUCUGGUUCUUACAGAAAUUUUCCAGCUCCAAUAUUGGAAUCUGGAAGUUUUCCUCCUUCUUUAGACGAGGCUUUGAUUUUGAAGAAUAAGUCACAAGAGAUUCUGCCGUAUAUAGAUGGACGCUGUGUAUAUCUUGUUGGGAUGAUGGGUUCUGGAAAAACAACUAUUGGCAAGAUUUUGUCAGAAGUGCUUGGUUAUUCAUUUUGCGACAGUGACACAUUGGUGGAGCUGGCUGUCAAGGGAACUUCUGUAGCUGAAAUAUUUAACCUCUAUGGCGAGGGCUUCUUCAGAAAUAAAGAGAGUGAGACAUUGCAGAAACUGUCUUUAACGCACCAUAUGGUUGUUUCCACUGGUGGAGGUGCUGUUAUUCGGCCUAUCAACUGGAAAUACAUGGCAAAAGGAAUUAGUGUCUGGUUAGAUGUACCUUUGGAAGCCCUGGCGCGGAGAAUCUCAGCUGUAGGAACUAAUUCUCGACCCCUUUUGCAUCAUGAUUCUGGUGAUGCUUACAAUAGGACUCUCACGCGUCUAUCCAACCUUUGGAAGGAAAGGGGUGAUGCAUAUGCCAACGCCAAUGCUAGGGUUUCCCUGGAAGAGAUCGCAGCCAAAUUGGGUCACAGAGACGUAACCAAUCUCACACCAACUGUUAUUGCCAUCGAGGUUUCUCUCUCUCUCUCUUUCCACUCUAUCCACACGCACACACAUAAUACAAGCUCUUGGAAGCAUUUCUAAAAGUCGAGUUUUACAAUCCAUUUCAGGCACUUCUACAAAUUGAGGCCUUUCUAAAGGGGGAAAAUGGCAUGGACAUUGCAACAUUGUAACCUACCUCUCCUUGUUCUCUUUUACAGACACAUUUUAGUGCUUUAUGAUGUAUUUAAUCUGGGGGCCAAAGAUCCUCCCUUGGUGUUUUUAGUUUUGGUGGAAGAGAAGGGCGCAUGUGGUGUUUCUAUUUUUUAAAAGGGAUAUUGCACGUGUUGCUUUCUUUGCUCAUCUCUUUAUUCAUCCUGUCAAAUAGAGUGCAGUAACUACUCAAAAGUGCAUGUAAUAAACGUGAAAUGUGAUAAUGUCAUGGGUAUGAUGUUAAAAGA